GUUAUUUGACGUCGCAGCACAAAGCGUGGUUCCAGGCGACCCUUUGUGACAAAUAGGAGAUCUUCUCCCUGUCAUCUCUUGCAGGUUUGCUUUGCGAAAGGUCUCAUCUCGCGACUUUUGCCGCCUCGUGCAUCAGCAAGGCUGCGGCUCAUCACUCGUGGAUUGCCACAUUGAGAUCCCAGCACCUCCUUCUUUGAGAGAAAUCAAGCGACUCGAUACGACGGAACGCCGCAGGUCCGCAGCACAAGUUCAACCAACUCGCGUCACUCAGCAGACACGUCCAUUUUGUUGCCCGGGCUGGUUUUCGCUUCGCAUUCUACCAGUCAGGUACAUUUUUCCUUAUCAAGGGUCUCCAGGGACUCUUUUCUCUUCUUUUCCAAAGAGAACUUCCUCAGCACUGCAUUGUGGGCCUCUAGUCUACGUUUGCAUCUGCUGAGUCUUCUUGCUUGAGAGCGCCCUGCUAUUGAAGCUACAGGAUGCAUCGAUUUGGCCUAUCAACCCCACCAUAUAGUGCAGACGACGGGCUCUCCUUCCCGGUCAAGCGCAAGAUGAUGGACGCCUAUUCCGCCUCUGCGAAUCCAGACGCGACAGUGGCCGAAUUGUGCGCGCAGACUGUGUGCUUUCUCUGGUUCGAAUCACUCCCAACACUCAAUGAAGCAGCGACGAUUGGCUUCACCAAUACACGUAUCCCAUCACCAGACAGUUUUGCGAAACCGGAAUUCAUCAAGUGGACCAAGAAUGUACUGCACACGACACAAGUCUCCACCAAUGUUGUGAUUCUUGCAAUGCUCUACAUUUUCCGCCUCAAGCUCGCCAAUCCAGGCGUCAAAGGGAAAGCCGGAAGUGAGUUCCGCUUGCUGACGGUAGCAUUGAUGCUGGGCAAUAAGUAUCUCGAUGACAACACCUACACCAACAAGACCUGGUCGGAAGUGACGCAAAUCAACGUCAAGGAGAUUCACCUUAUGGAGGUGGAGUUCUUGUCCAAUAUGCGGUACAGUUUGCUCGUGACGGUAGAUGCGUGGCAAGAGUGGCUCGUCAAGAUCAACGCUUUCGUGCAGUAUCAGCAACGUCAGCAAAGUCUGCAUACGGGCACAGGUCUUGUUGGUUUGCCUUCACCACCCAUGCUCUAUGAGUUCUCACAAGCCGGCUUACUGCAUCCAUCCCUUCUCACGCCAUUGCAAACUCAGCCUGGUGCUCGGAAACGCAGUUUUGAGGAAGACUUUACAGUGAUGCUACCGCCUGCAAAAGUCAUUUCAUUGCCAACAACACCGAGACGGACGUUUGCCAUGACGACUCGCUCGAAGAUGCAAGAACGCUCACCACACCGUCGUCAGCAGUCUCUGAUGGUGCCCGUGCAACAGCAACAGCCACCACAGCAACAACAACAACUUUUGCGAGGUGUACCGCGUGCCUUGUCGACCAGCGGGAAGCAGUUAUCUUUGCCACCACUUCAUCUCGCUGGGUACAAUACCGGUCGUCUCUCACCUAUGCAAUAUAGUCGGACUGGAUCCGGUCAUGCAGGAACGACAACCUCACCAACCGGCAGCAGUGCAUCUCGCUUCUCCUUGGACUCUGCAGCGUUUCAUCAUGGUCCAACUGGUGGCACGGGUCACGCAAGCGGUACUGCAACACCAACAACGAUGGCCAUGCAACAUCGGCAUUCACCGUAUGGACCUGUUUAUCAAGUUCAACGACUCGUACGACCCCUUCCUGCUGUACAAAUGGGCAGACUUGUACCACAACAGCAACAGUGGGCGACAGCUGGACAAGUUCCACCACAGCAAUUGGUAUAUCAUACCUUGGGCGCUGGGAUGCAACCACACGGUCAAGUCGGGCGUGGUGUCUUGCCUCAGCAGACACCACCAAGUCAUGGCUUCCCACAUGGCUGGCAAGGUCAGAUGCAGCAGCCGUAUGCAGCAUUCCCACCCAGGCCUUGAUUGAGCCUUCCUUCUGCUUUUAUGACGACCGCAUCGCAAGUUCUGUUUCUUUCUCUUCUAGCAUUUCGAAUGGGUUCUUUUGGUCAGAGUGUAUGUCGACGCCUUCUAGUCCGUCACGACCCUCCCAUAGCCCUCCCUAGCAUAGCACAUCAUGAAUAUCCAGUACUACACACG